AAGUACACUCACUAUAAUAUAAUAAGAAAAAACUUGAAUUUCCACCAAUAUGAAGUGCAUUAGCCUACACUCUCCAAUCUUACUAAAAUUUUCAACCAACAAAUUCAAAUGUCAAUACCAUAAAUCAAAGCCAAUUUGCCUACUGGAUCAGCAUUAUAAUGCUAAAUUUGCUACUGGUUUUGUAAAAGGAAAAAGGAAUCUGUUAAUUGCUCCACUUAAGGCUGUUAAUUCACCUGCUGCUUCUGGAGAUUUGUCAGUUUUGUUGCAGACAGGUGCAUUAAUGCUAUUUAUGUACUGGAUUACAAAUUUUGUGGUGCCAAAGUUCAUCUUAAAGGAUCUUCAAGAUGACAGUACCAACAACAAUAACAAGACUGAUGAAAAAGAUGUUCUAUGAACAUUAGCUACAAAGCACAAGAUUGUUAGAACCAAAUUAACAAUCUUUAUUUUAUUGACUGAUUCUUCUGUUUUAUAUAUUAGAAAUGUUAGGUCUCUUGUUGAAAAUAACACCUCUUUUUAAUCAUUGACAUUAACACCUCUUUUUAAUCA